AUGGGGAAGAGACAUGUGGAAGAAGGAGAUAAUAAGGAGAAGAAAAGGCCCACGAAGAGGUCCCCUGUGGCAGCUCUCAGAGACUGGCCCGCGAACACUGGCCCAAAUCUUGAGAGGAGUGUGGCCAAGAUGGCCAAGAAAGUCAAAGGUGUGUUUAUGGAGGUCAUGUGCCAAGACAAAAGUGGAGGGGUGGUGGGUCAGGUACCCGGGUUUGAUGCCAACCAAUCCAAUUUGACUCCAAAUGAACCCGGGUCCACGAUUGUGGCGGAGGAGGGACAAUGUAGUGAAGACCGACGGUAG